AAUUUUGCCUUAAUUUCAGGAGCUAUGAACUGAUGGAACUGAUACUUAAAGUUUACAUAUAUCGUGAUGGAGCAAGGCCCAUUUUUCACCAACCUCAUCUCAGAGGAAUUUAUGCUUCUGAAGGAUGGUUCAUGAAGUUGAUGGAGGAAAACAGGCAGUUUGUCACAAGGGAUCCAGAAAUGGCUCACUUAUUUUAUCUUCCUUACAGUAUGCGCCAAUUGGGGAUGGCACUUUAUGUACCGAAUUCACAUAAUUUGAAACCACUCUCAAUUUUCCUGAGAGACUACACAAACACGAUUGCUGCGAAGUAUCCUUUCUGGAAUCGGACACAUGGGUCAGAUCAUUUCCUUGUUGCUUGCCAUGACUGGGGCCCUUACACGUUAACUGCCCAUGAGGAACUAACCAAAAAUACUAUAAAAGCUCUAUGCAAUGCUGACACCUCGGAAGGAAUAUUUGUUGCCAGGAAGGAUGUUUCACUUCCAGAAACUACCAUUAGGACCCCCAGGAAGCCUCUUAGAAAUGUUGGUGGAUUUAGAGUGUCACAGCGCCCACUCCUUGCCUUUUUUGCAGGAAACAUGCAUGGAAGAGUCCGCCCGACACUUCUCAAGCACUGGCAGGACAAACAUGAAGACAUGAAAAUCUACGGGCCUCUGCCCCUUAGAGUCUCGCGAAAGAUGUCUUAUGUCCAACAUAUGAAAUCAAGUAAAUUUUGUAUUUGCCCAAUGGGGUAUGAAGUGAACAGCCCAAGGAUCAUCGAGUCCAUCUACUAUGAAUGUGUCCCAGUGAUUAUUGCCGAUAAUUUCCCCCCUCCUUUGAGUGAUGUGCUAGAUUGGAGCAAAUUUUCCGUUGCCGUGGCCGAGAAGGAUAUUCCCAAGUUAAGAGAGAUUUUAGUGGCUAUUCCCAUGAGAAGAUACCUUACCAUGCAAAUUAAUGUGAAAAUGGUGCAGAAGCAUUUCCUUUGGAAUCCAAGACCAAUCAGAUAUGAUUUAUUCCAUAUGAUUCUGCAUUCAAUCUGGUCUAGCAGGUUGAACCAGAUCCAAAUCCCGGAAUCCUAGUGUGUGUUUAGCAUGCCCUUAAUGGAUAUUGAUUUUCUAUAAUAGGCUGAGUUUGAACAAGGAGCUGAUUAGAGUCAAGACUAGCGGCUAAGAUGCAAGUCCAUUAAGGCACAUGGCUGUUGACUUUAUGAAGGACUUCAAACAGCAUUUGGUGCCACCAGCCUGGUUUCAUGGUAAAGUGUUCCAAGUUCUUUGAACUGAAACAUGGAUGGACUUUUUCUGGGAAGACUGGGGGUGGAUGCCAAAAUGAGAAGUGGGGAUGCAGGAAAGAUGACAAGGCGAAGGAGUCUCCAUAGCUCUGUGUGACAUUUCACUGGACCCAGAUAAAGCUCAAGUAGAUGGGACAUUACAAAAUAAAAUCAUUGCCCGUAUAUAAACAAUCCUAUAUGAUUUCAUUAUACAAGUCAAAUUUUCCAUUUUAAGGAAUAUAGCUCGUAGUUGUUGAUGCUGACAUGUAAAUCAUUUUGGAACAAACAUUUUGUAUACAUACAACUGGUUAUCGUAUACAUACAUACAUACAAGAUAGUUGGAUUUUGUAUAAUUGUAUAUGGACUGUCUGCAUUUACGGGUUGA